AGAAAGAUUUGAGUUGUAUUUGCGAAAAGGUUUUCUUGUUUUCUUCAUCUUGGUUUCCUCGAUUUCCCUCUGAAGAUUGGGUCGGCAAUGCUUGCAAUUCGGUUUUCGUGUAGAUCUUUUUCCAUCGAAGCAUGGUUGUCCACCUCGUCUGUUGUAGCAGAAACUUAUCUUUCUCCAUCGAAACAUGGUUGUCCACCUCGUCGGUUGUAGAGAAUAUCUUUCUCCAUCGAAGCAUGGUUGUCCACCUCGUCUGUUGUAGCAGAAACUUAUCUUUCUCCAUCGAAACAUGGUUGUCCACCUCGUCGGUUGUAGAAAAUCGAAAAAGUAAGUGGCAAAAAGAGUCGUGUGAAGUAGUACCAGUAAUGCGAUGAAGGAAAUAAACAUCAACAACAAUGAAAUAGGCAUUAUGUUGAAAGGAGCAAAAACAUAGUGUGAAAAAAUCAAUAGGGAUAGGCGUCGACAAAUUUUUGUUGAUGACUGCGGGCGCGCGUUCGUCUUCAAUUAUAGGAAGAGAACUAGUAAAGACGUAUAGACCAGGGCCAGGCAGCAACGUAUAGACCAGGCAGAUACAGCUGGUAUCAAGUAUCCCAAGUUGAAGUUCCUCGAACGAGAAUAUAAAGUUUUGUGCGGAGAAGAUCUAAAUGGAAUAUUACUCGUUAGCAUUAGUAGUUGAUGAAAAAUACGCAUUUUGUCAUAGUCAAUGCCAUGAUAGAUACGUGAUUCAAAUUCAAUAUUGUUAACAGAAUCACAUCUCUGCAUGAAGAUCGAUGAGCAUUUCCUUUCCUUGAGCUAAUAUUUCAUCCACGCACCCACUUCCUGGUGUUCCUCUAUGUAUAUAGUCGAUCCACCGCUACACGUUAAAGCGAAACGAACAUUUUUGCGUAUUUCUGUUCUUGUUCGUACAUAUUCAUUUGUCCAAUAUGUCCUCCCUCAACUACAUGGGUCCUCUUCUAACUAUCUCGUAGAUUCUGAAAUCUUUAUACACGUUCACAAUUCUACGCAUAGUGAUCAUUGAUUAUGUCGUACGGGAGAGCAAAAAUACAGCUACACCGUGGACAUUUUAUCAGAACGCAGUCUAACUCUAUCUGAGUAUUGUCAUACCUCGUAGUUUUACUGUAAAAGUAGCAUUAGUACGUUGCUAGAAACAUCGUCCUUGUCAUGGUACUACUACUUUUUGUUCUUUAACAGUAAAGUUAGACGAGCAACCACAAGAACCACACUCUCUUUUAUCCCUGAGACCUCAAUCUCCUGCUUCUCCAUCGUCCACAAGACAGUGGACGAACGCGAACUUUUUGAAAGAAAUAUCCCGUGAUUUACAUCAAAAUUUAGAUCUCCUUCAGAGUUGGCUAAGACUAGUAGCAGUCAAAAAAAGAGCUAGUACCUCCAGGUCAGCAGUGCUACUACUUCCACAUCCAGAAAAACAACCUCAAUCUCCUGCUUCUCCAUCGUCAACAAGCGGCACAGCAAGAUGAAGUUGCUCAAGGCCCCCGCCCCCGCCGGCGCAGCUGGCGGCAAUACCUCCGCCAAUAGUGGGAUCAAGACGUCUUCUAAACCACGGCUAUUGCGUGAUUUGGAGGAACAAGCGAUGAAUUUGAUUCCGCUUCACGACCGAAUUCGAGACUACGAAAGGUCCGAAUAUCCUGCCGAAAUCAAGACUUUCCUAGCUUCACAACUUUCUAGGGAUUGGGCAGAAAGCGAAGAUCGGAGACAUGUACUCACUCACUUAGAUCGCCAUGAGCUUAGUCUUAGUCUGAGCCCGUAACUGUCCUUUUUAUCUGGUUUCCUAUCGUUAUCUAGUCUAGCUACGAAGUUGUAAAGCAGAUUUUUCAAAAAGAUCAUCAUUACCAGCUACACCGAACUUCCCAUGUCCGCAACUACCUCCACCCCUCCAGAUGAUCAAGUUUCUUCUCCAACGCUCCAACGAUAUGAGCACGAACCGUUGCGACCUCAUAGCGCAUCAGGCAGUAGAGCUGUUGGAUCGGUUUGUGAGUCAGUCCGAAGAUUGGCAUCCUUUCAUGGGGUUUCCGGCCCUCUUUGUCGCAAGAAAACUCCACGACUCGAAUCCUUUUGUUGGUAUUGAUUUAUUAGUUCAUUCUUUAGGAUUAUUUGCUGAUGUCCGGUCUUUCGGUACCAAUAUGUCUAGAAAAAUCACCUUUACAACUACUCUCUUCACUCCCACAGAAACCGACGACUCGUAUGAGUGUAUUUUGAAGCGAUUUUUAGCAAAGCACGUUGAUUGGACGCAAGAAGAAUGCGAACGAAUGGAGAUCGAUUUGUUGACGCGCUUGAAUUUCCGACUUCUCCGCGAUCCACUGCCUCGCGAAUUCGUGUCUUGGUGCGGCAACGUAGCAGGACUCUCGAACUUCGCGCAGCGCAAAGCUCAAAUUUUGCUUGAGUGCCUCUUUUUUCGGCCAGCAGUAGCCUGGUACCCGCAGAGACCUGCGCUGGCGGUAGCUGUUGCGUACUUCUCUUGUGGGAGCGAGGACUGCCAGAAUAAAGUGCUGGAAAUAGCCAUGCAGCACCACAGCUUGCUUCAGGCUGUUCCGGAAGUUCUCUCGCUGAUUGAUGCGUUUUUCAAAGCAGCUCCUGUCACAACGCCUUCUACUUCUUCACGUGGCCGCGGCAUUUCUAGUUCUAGGCGAGCAGUUGAAGAGUCAUCAAAUUCAUCAACACCACCAGAGGACUCGAUGAAGGCGCAGCCUUCAUCAUGGCCUGGUCCGUCUUCACAGACUUCUCGUUCUCCUAGUCCUCCUCCUGCUUCUACACCUCCUUCCACUUCUAGUGGAACCUCAAGGCAAGAAACGAAGGAGGACAAUAGAGGCGAUGCAGACUCUGGCUUUCUAGCUGUAUUUAGACACGUUUCCAGCAACCAUCCUGAUUUUCGGGGGCAGAGUGCUACUUUGGCCCGUUCCUUCUGGGAAAUAGGCAACACGCGCUGGAAUCAGGUGGCAGCCAGUUGGGCGCCAAGUCUGGCGAAAAGACAACGGGCAUUGGGCUACCCUAUGCCCUCACCAGUCAGACCAAAGAAUGAAGGCGCGGUGCGAACUAGUAGCUGUCAUCUUGCUGGGCGUUCAGGUUCACCUGCUGACUCCUUCUCUGGAGCCGAUACUUGUGGCGUCGUGCUGUUCGGAAAAAGAGAUGAAGCAUUCAGUACAACUAGUACAAGAGCCUCAUCUACUGCAAGUAUUUCUUCAUCGGCAUCAACUUCUUCAUCUUGGAUGAUACCUAGUCAUGCUACUACUGCCAAAGUCGGAGAUAGAGACUGCACGUUUUCAACGGAUCCACCUGGAUGCAGCGGAUCGGGUGAGGAACGUGUUGGAAAUGCAUCUUCAUCAUGUUCAGCAUCGUCUUCAAGUAGCUGCUCAAAUUCUUGUUCUUCCGACGAAGAAGUUGUCGCGGAACCUCCAGCUCCAAAAAAGAGCAGAACGACGAGUCAUUAUCCUAUGCCGUCACCUAGCGUACAUUCACAUUCAGCACGUGCUCCUGACGAUGUCCUCAUGCAUGUUGUUCCUGAGGGUAGUGCCAGUAGUUGUCCUCCCGGACCCGGAGGGGAUGCAUUCCAUCCGAAGGCGGAGGCUGAGGAGAGUAGUAGUAGUUGCACUAGGAGUUGUAGCAGCAGUUCCUCUUCUCAUCAGCAGAAAGAGGAAGCAAGUUCUUGUAGUGCAGAUGGUUGCUCCACUUCUUCAAACCAUCGUCAGCAGGAUCACCAGGAUGAAACUAAAGAGCACAUCAGCACUAAAAGCAGCAAUCAUGAAGAGUGCCAGGUGCAGAUCCAGAACGAACCUGAAUCAUCUCAACCUUCUGGUCGCAGUACUAGUGAACUUACGUGGUGGAGCUCUGACUCCUACGAUGACAUGAUACAAUCCGGCUGUUCUAGCUGGAGCUCCUCUCCAGAUGAUGCUCGUAACGGAGCAGUGGAUGAGCAUGAAGAUGCACUGACUUUGUCGUCGCCACCUAAUUUGCCAGAACCCGGUCUCCCAGAAUUCGUGGUGAAGAAGGUGAAGGGAGUAGAAGAAAGAAGUCAUGUUGGUGAGUACGUUUUUUGCGAUUACAGUACGGGUGCGGCACAACAUCUUGUGGAGGAACAAAGAAAGGUAGAAUGAUCAGCAUAGAUGAAUUUUGGAAUAUUUACGAUACCGAACUACAUGCACUUGCUCGCAUAUUCUAUUGCAUGAAGUAGCUAGUCUGGCUCCAAAAGUCACGAGUAUAAACCAACGUACUACAUCAAGUAUCCUCGUCUUUAGUAUAUCACGAUCAUGAACAUGAGUUAGUCAUUCUUCUCAUUGUAACUCAUUUUCAAUUUCAUCUAAAUUUAGAAUUGCUUUGUCUUGCUUAGUAAGUAAGUAUGUUCAUCUACCUAUGACUUCACAGACUAUAACACCGUCUUCACGAUCUUAAUUUUUCUGCAUGGUCAUCGAGAUCUCGCAUCUUAGCAAGUGUCGUCUUUUUCAACUAACAAAUAUAUAAAUAGCACAACUCCGUUUUAGUUUUCCUGUCUACUAGUACUACGUACCAAUACUGACACCGACCGAAAAUCAACGAUGAACUCCGUUCAAUAUCUUCGAACUUCUCAUCGAUCCGCCUUCAUCCCCAACCCCAUACCCUAGCAGUAUAAAGCCCAAUAGAUACGAAAAGUAUAAGUAUGACUUUUUGAUUCAACCCCUUCAUCUGAUCCCCGCUAUUUCCUUUCCUCUACUUUUACCACAAUUUUGCAACAUCUCCGUUUCCCCGAGUCAAGUCACAACCUCCCUGACAGUCUUCGAACUAUUUUCUGAAAAAAAAUGAAUAACAAUAACAAGUAGCGUGAUUUUAUCUACUUUCCAAAAAGAACUAUUUGAAACCAACCACACAAUGUCAUGAAACAUGAAUGAAUUUAUCGUAGAACUAAGUUUCUCUCAGUUUGUUUAGGUAUUCGAUCCUAUGGCCAUCUAUCAUCCGAAGUUUUUCUCGAUCGUUAUUCGUGUAAGAAAUUAUUGUGAAGAUGUAUUCGUUCCCUAAUAAGUAGGGAUUCAAAAACAGGAAGAAGAGUGACGCGAUGACCACCACUUAUGUUUGAACUAUUUGUCAUGCAACAAGACGCAAGAAUAAAAACUAUUCCACCUCAACAUCUAGUACUUCUCAAUCUGGUUUUGCAAGUUGAAACAGGUAAGCAAGACA